AUGGAUACAUUUGUCACGAUCGUUACUUCGGAGCUCGAGCUUCGUCGUAACAGCAACGACAAUUGCAGAAUUGUCAAAUCGGAAAUCCACGAUCUACGUGGCCUUCUUGCUUCGGCGAAGUAUGAUGUCGCCAAAUAUGGCGUGGGGACAAUCGCGACUAUUGUUCUUGCUGCCUCUCGUUCUAUCAAAUGA